ACUGCAGAUGAUGAGGAGAACGAGGAGAUCUGGGCACCAGUGAUGUUUGAAAAAUACGUAGUGACAGCUGACUACCAAAAGAAAAACAAGAAUGAUAUUUCCCUGACAGCCGGUGAUAUCAUUGAUGUCAUUGAAAGGAACGACUACGGUGAGAAUAAGAAGAAAAUAGUUCAUUGUUUGUGUGAUUUGAAGGACCAGUGCCUUUCGCAGAACCACUCGAUAAAAUGAGAUUUUAUUUACCAGUUUUCCUUCCGAGUUCAGCGUGGUAUCUCAAGGAUUAGUAUGUUGCCUAGCAACUACAAUGAGGAAAUAUACGGACCAAGUACUAUAAUGCACUAAUUGACCUGAACAAAAACGAUUAUUCCUUUCAACUCUUUGUUUUUAUUUCUCUUGUUUCUUUUCUUUCUAAGGCUGGUGGCUUGUUGACCGAGAAGGAGAGUUAGGUUGGGCUCCUUCAUCUCAUCUUAAGCCCACAGUCAAUGGAUCAGAGAUGACUGCGUCAGAAGUCUUUGCACCUGGAAAUGGUGAGCUUAACUGUCUUAACAAUGAAGAGAACAGAGUGGUAUUCACUUGAGUGGUGAAAAGUAACAGAUUGUGCCACAGGAUCCUUUUGUAUAUAGAGAAUUGUGGGGGAAAAUCACCGAUCGUAAACAAGAAGUUGUGUGAAUAACUUAACUAUAUCUGGUAGAAAGAAUCGACGAGUAACGUUUUCAAAUAACUUCACUAAAAGGCGUCAGAAUGGCUUUAAAAUCGGCACAAGAGACAAGUUUGUGACAUAUUUGAGGCCUGGUUUAAACGUCGCAUUUUACAUGCGCCGAAUCGAAUUGCCGAAUUAAGUGCAUGUAAAAUUCGACGUCUAAAUCAAUUAAAUGCGACAUAUUUCAAUUCGAUGCGAGUCAGUCGAAUAUUCGACUGAUCCAGUCGAAUAUGCGACUGAACUUCGACAGUUGAUUUAAACGCCGCAUUUUACAUGUGCCGAAUUGAAUUGAAAUUAUGAUAAGUAAUUUAUGAUUGCUCGAAUGGGAAUUUAAAACGUCACUCACGCUCAGCAAUUUUAUACGGCAAAACAAUGCGACGUUUAAAUCAAAUCAGCCGAAUGUAUUCAUUCGAGUCGACCAAAAUUAGUACUUGAUUCGGCGCAUGUAAAAUGCGACGUUUAAACCAGGCCUGAGGUAGGAAAACUCUGUUUCAAAUGAGAUAAUUAUUUACACAAUUUUAUUUACGAUCGUUGAUUUUCCCAUUCAAUUCUCUAUAUACACAAGCUGUCGCAUACACGACGUAUUUUGAACUUGAGGUUUUGCACUUACCACACUGCACGCGCCACUUUUCAUCCAAUCAAAGUUAAGACCAAAGCCAAUAGUGAUUUUUUUCGCUCAUGUUCACCCGCUUUGCAUCAGUAUUAUGUUAUUACAUCGAACUUUGAUUGGCUCGGUGCAUUGUCUGCGCCCAGUUUGUGAUUGUCUGGAAGGAUAACUUUGAUUUUGGUUUUGGGACAUUCAAUUGAAAACUGGUCUAGACAUUUGGAAUGAGAAUAGAUUCUUUUACUCACUAUCCAUGGAAAAGUUUGACAACAAGAGGUUCCUAUAACUCAAGGAUUCACAAGGUUUGGAACUCCUACCUGUGUUUUCGUUCUGUCGAGACAUGUUAAAACUAUUCUGUCCGGAGAAGUAACAGACCUUCAACUUGCUCAGCAAUAUUGCUCUACUUGUACCAAAAGUUAUUGGCUUUAUUAUUGAUGGGAUUGAUGGGUUGAGCUUCUUUUCGAUGUUUUCUGUAAGAGACAUGCCCGUUUGAAAGAUUAGAAAUAGAUUUUCAGUGAAUAGUGUUAAUGAAACAUUCGUUUUUUUUAAAUUUCCCUUUUCUCCAUUGCGGUACUUGAAUAUAAAUAUAUUUAACAUUAUCAAGAGAUCAUGAUCAUAUUCUCUUGGCAUUAUCUAACGACCAUCAUUGAUCAUGAGGAAGUUUGAAUAUAUCUCUGUUUUAACCCGCCCCAAGUCCUUUGCUUUGGCUAACGCAAACUUGUCAGGAUGUUUUGUCUAUAUCAGUCAAAUGAAGCCGUUUGAAGCCGUUUUCCUUCUGAACACUGAUGAUUGUUUCUUGUUGGUAGAUUCUCAUGAACAUGACGGUAGCCAAGGAAUCCCGCGCACACCUGCUACAACGCAAAGCAUGGUGAGAAUUCUCAAUGCCGAGUUUUGUUGUCUUUUCCCUUUUCAGUAAUUAGGUCAAAGUGUUUAAUUUGGUUUUCACUUCAACUGUCGGUGAAUUAAAUUCUACUUUCUGAUUGUUUAUGCAUCGAAGGUUCAGAGAACAGUUUGCAAAAUACCAAAGCGUAACUCUAUGGAACUUGAAGGUACACCAGGCGGAGAAGAAGGCGGCCGCAUGACAACUAGCCAAUCAGUUUCAGAAGCAGCAAUCGCAAAUAGGAAGGUUCUACCACGCUCCACACACGUGGUGUCCUUAUCAAGAUCCUCGCCGCAGACUCUAUCUUGCGAGUUUAGUCAACGGGAAUUAGACAACCCAUUCCAGUCCCGUCGAUUGUCCAUGUUAAGUGGUGGAUAUGACAACUCACUAAAACACAAGCCUUUCGUCCCAUGUGUCAUCUGAUGUUUUCACCGAGGAACAUUGUAUCGAUGGCAUGAAGAAGUAUGCAUCGCUUCCACUGUUGGACAGCAUUGAAGGCGGCUUGGGAAUGUCGCGUCCUUCUCUAGCGAUGCCCCUUUCAAACCCUGCCACCUCAAUGGAACACCACAAGAGUGAAAUGGAACAGAGCUUGAACGGUGUCCACUCGAAAAGAGAACGCUCAAGUUCAGGAGGAAGCAAUCCUAUUCCAUCACAGAGAAAGAUUUCCUCGAGCAGGAGGACCCCACAAGUCUGUUGUUGCCAAAAACGUCGAGAUUCUGGUUUUGUAUCUCUGUUUAAGACGUCACCCAGAGUGUCCCGUUCAGAGAUUGAGAAUGAUUUCCACUGUAAGAAUCAAGAGAAAAGCAUUGCAAAUCCAAGAUUCUACAGAGCGAUGUAUUCGUACAAUUCUCAGGACGACGGUGAAGUUGCCUUCAGGAAGGGAGAUGAAGUAGAGGUGAUUCAGAAAAGCGAGAAUGGCUGGUGGCUUGUACGAACAUCAGAGGAACUUGGAUGGGGACCUUCUAAUUUCUUACAGUCUCUGGCAUACUGA